UUCCUCUCUCCCUUAGGCACUGACAUGACCUUUCGAGCCGUCCAUUCGCUGCGGAGUCGAUGGGAGUUGCAUCCACAACCAAUAACGCUUGAACCGACGAGUCUAUAAAGCAAAUAUUCCGAACCUGAUCCUGUUCCGACAUUCUCAGCCCUAUGGUUCCUUCCGACGGCUGCGAUGAAUGUGUACCUGACUGGGUGGUCAAACGACGACCAUCGACCUUAGCGUUCUCGGCGUUGCCUUUUGUUCUUACCUUUAUCAUUGUAGCCGUCGCUGUGUCCCAUAAGCUCUUUCCUCUUCUGUCAGGCCCCACCCUACUUAAGGACCGCCGCGAUGCAGGUUUACCGGCGGCAUUCUCCCUGCGGGAGCGGCCCUCCAUACACAACAACCUGCGGAUUACGUCGCAGACUCUCGCCAGUGUCACAUUCUCUACGAAUAUUGCCCUAUCAGCAGUCCUAGUAGAGCUGAUUCUGUGCGAAAUAUCGAACACAGUCAACCCAGCCACUCGCACACUCGCGCUGAAGAUCACAGUCCCACUCCUCCUUUUCCUCCUCGUCAUUGCAACGCCUGCGCUAGAAAUACACUCAGUACUCGCAGGCGCGGGAUGGGACUUUGGCGGCGGACAGCGAAGGAUGGCGUGGAUAUUGGAGGCUGUAGGCUUGGUGAUAUGGCUGAUUGGCUUUUGGUAUCUCGGGAGGGCUCUCUUGGGGUCCUACCUCCAUGAGGAGUCUUAUAUCCGCGAUCACAGUAUUUCAGAGGGGUGUCUGGAGAGAAUUGGAAUAAUUGGAAUAAGCUUGAUGGCUUCUUUGGCUGGAUUCGCUGCCGUCAGCUCUAUGCGGCAGACUUUUGGGGCUAAAUAUCGCCCUGUAACCGAGUCAGACCUUUCUCGAAAACAGGCAGGCUUGGAUGCCACUAACGAUAUGCUUCUGGCGAAGGAAAGCCGUCUGCGUGCUCUUCAACGCAAGCUUUCAGACACCCCACAGGAAAGCUUCAUGACUCGUAUCAUGGGCAGCAUUCGAGGAAAUCCAGAUAUCCAAGAACGCAACACCCUUCAGCUCGAAAUACAAGGGCUUGAGACCAUGCGAUCCUCCAUUCAGAAUUCUCUUAUGGUCCUUCAAAAUCGGCGUCAAUCUCAAGUUCGCUCACAUACCGCAUAUGGCCGCUUAUUGAACGUGUUCUCUUUUAUCUUUUCCCUCUAUUGCUUUUAUCGAAUCGCCGCCACGACAGUCACAACCCUUCGCCGAUUCUCAUCACCAAAUACCAGCUUCUCAAACAGCGACCCGAUCAAUAACUUCCUCGCUAUCCUCGCAAAGCAUUGGGAUCCCACCUUGGAUCGCGUGGCCUGGAGUCGGACAAUCUCUUUCCUUCUGUCUGGGGUGAUGCUUCUCUUGUCCUUCAACAGCGUUCUCCAAACUUUCCUCCUUUUUGCCCUGGUUCUUCCAAGUAUACUCCAGCAUGCUCGAGCAAAUCUUGCCUUACUUAUAUCGCAAAUAUCGGCUACAUAUGUAAUCAGCUCGGCUCUUCUUCUACGAAGUAAUCUACCAACUGAGAUGAAGAGUGCCAUAUCGGACGCCUUGGGUGCACCGCUUGAGCCUAGAUUCACCGAAAGAUGGUUUGAGGGAUGGUUUCUUGCUGCGAGUGCAUUGACCGUUCUUGGACUUUGGAUUGGAAAAAGGAUCAAAGGAGCUGGAUGGGAUGACGACGAUGAUUUAGGAGAUUGUGACGUCGAAAUGGGGAAAAUGAGUUGAAGUUGAUUGGCAUUUUGAUUGGAGUCAUGUGGUCUUCAGAUGGUCCCGGAUAUUGUAUUAUGGGGAUUACCGCAGCAUUGGGGGUAUCGAGGACUCUGUAUUAGUACACUGUAUCGAAUAAUUGCAUUUAUUUCAGAUCCG